AUGCAGAUAUUCGUGACGGAGAUGUCGGCUGGCAGGACGAUGCCCCUUGAGGUCGAAAGCCACGACACCAUCCGCAGUGUCAAGGCCAAGAUCGAGUACAUGGAAGGCAUCCCCAAGGGCCAGCAGUGCCUCGUAUUCGCCAACAAACGGCUGGAGAAGGACUACCUCACCUUGUCUGACUACAACAUCUGGCAGGACUGCACCCUCCUCCUUGUCCUCCAGCCAUGUAGUCGGCCAGAAGGUGCGAGUAUGAUGCGCAUCUUUGUGAAGAAGCUGGAUGGGAAGACCCUCACCCUUGAUGGGGUGGCAAUCUCGGACACUGUCGCUAGUAUCAAGGUGAAGAUCUAUGAGAAAGAUGGCACUCCCCCAAUACAGCAGCGCAUCAGCUAUGGUUGUAGGCCGCUGGAGGAUGGCGGCACCCUGGAGGAUUACAAUAUCCAGAAGGAUAGUAUCCUUGUUUUGGAGAGUGCACGAAAAAUGCACAUCUACGUUAAGAACCCGACAGGCAGGACAAUAUGCCUCAAGGUCCACGCAUCGGACACCUUGUAUAGCGUCAAGGCAAAGAUCCAAGAGCAGUACCGCCUCGUCUUCAACGGGGAGCAGCUACAGGACAACCUCACGCUGGCCGAUUAUGACAUCAAGCACGAGUCCAUGAUAGACCUCCAGGAGAAGAUGCAGAUCUUUGUGAGGGAGACGCAGACAGGUAGGACCAUCCCUCUCGAGGUCGACAGCCUCGACACCAUAGGCACCGUCAAGACAAAGAUCCACUACAUGGAGGGCUUCCCCACAAACCUGCAGUGCCUCAUCUUCAAAGGCAAGCAGCUCGAGGACGACGAGCGCACGUUGGCCGAGCACAAUAUACACAAGGAUUCCACGAUCCUUCUCGUCCUCCACCCACGCCCCAGAGGUGGGAUGAUCAUCUUCGUGAAGAUGUUGAUAGGGAAGACCCUCACUUUCGAGGUUGAGAGCUCAGACACUGUCGAGAGUGUCAAGGUGAAGAUGUACCAGAAGGAAGGUAUUCCCCCGAUACAAACACGCCUCAUCUUCGCCGGCAAGGAGCUGGACGACAAGCGCACCCUGGCGGAGUACAAGAUUCAGAAGGAGGAUACCCUUCAUCAUCUGCUCUGCCUUUUGGGUGGAAUGUACGUCUUGGUCAAGAGCCCGGCCGGCAGGACGACCCGCCUGAGGGUCCACCCAUCAGAUACCGUGCAUGCUGUCAAGGCAAAGAUCCAGGAACAGGUCACCCUCGUCUUCAAUGGGGUGCAGCUAGAUGACAACCUUACACUGGCCGAUUACAACAUUCAGCAUGAAUCCACCCUUGACCAUCAGGAGAAAAUGAAGAUCUUCGUGACCGAGACGGUGGCGGUCAGGACCAUCACCAUCGAGGUCAACAGGCUAGACACUGUCAAUGACUUAAGAGCCAAGAUCCAGGAGCUUGAGGGCUUCCCGAAGGCUCAGCAGUGCCUUGUCUUUGCCAACAAGCGGCUGGACGAUGGGAACCGCACCAUGGCUGACCACAACAUUGGCAAUGAGUCCACCCUUCUCCUCGUCCUCCUCCCGUGUAUUCCGAGAGGAGACAUGAUGCAGAUCUUUGUGAAGACUCUACAAGGAAAGAGCAUCAGCCUCAAGGUUGGGAGCUUGGAUACAGUCGACAGUGUCAAGGUGAAGAUCUACAAGAUGAAGCAUGCCCCAUACCCGAAACAGCAGCGCUUCGUGUAUGCUCACAGGCAGCUGGAGGGCAGCAGCACCCUCGCUGACUGCAACGUUCAAUGGGGAUCUACCAUUUAUUUGAUCUACCGUCUGGAUGCAUUGAUGUGCAUCUUCAUCAAGACACUGGAUGGGAAAAACCUCUCCCUUGAUAGUGUUAGGAGCUCGGACACCAUCGAUGAUGUAAGGGCAAAGAUUCAGGAACAAUACCCCCUCUUCUUUGGUGGGGUGCAGCUGGAUGACAGCCUUACACUGGCCAAUUACAACAUCCAGCAUGAAUCCACGAUCGACCUCCGCGAGAAGAUGAACAUGAAGGUCUACGUGACAGAGACGGUGGCGGGCAGGACCAUCACGAUCAACGUCAACAGUCUAGACACCGUCGAUAACUUGAAAUCCAAGAUCCAGGACCUUGAGGGCUUCCCGAAGGCUCAGCAGUGCCUCGUCUUUGCCAGCACGCGGCUGGAUGACGGGAACCGCACCAUGAUUGGCCACAACAUUCGGAAUGAGUCCACCCUUCUCCUUGUCCUCCUCCCGUGUAUUCCGAGAGGAGACAUGAUGCAGGUCUUCGUGAGGACGCUGGAUGGGAAGACCAUCACUCUUUGGGUUGGUAGCUUGGACAUGGUCGGCAGUAUCAAGGUGAAGAUCUACGAGAUGAAGUACGGCCCUUUCCCUAAACAGCAGCGUCUCAUCUUUCAAGGCAAGCAGCUGGAGGACGGCCACGCAUUGGCGGACUACAGCAUUCAUAGGGAUUGUACCCUUCAUUUGAUGAUCCGCCACUCAUCCGGAAUGCGUAUCUUUGUCAAGACACCCACUGGCAGGACAAUCUGCCUCAAGGUCCACUCAUCAGACACCCUGUACACCGUCAAGGCAAAGAUCCAGCAGCAGUACCGCCUCGUCUUUGAUGGGGUGCAGCUAGAAGAUAACCGUACAUUGGCCGAUUAUGGCAUCGAGCACGACUCUACGAUUGACCUCCAGGAAAAGAUGCAAAUCUUCGUGACGGAGACGCUGUCAGGCAGGACCAUCGCCCUCGAGGUCGACAGCCUAGACACUAUCGGCAACGUGAAGUCCAAGAUCCAGGACAUGGAGGGCUUUCCCAAGGGCCAGCAGUGCCUCAUCUUCGCCAGCAAACAGCUGGAGGACGACAACCGCACCUUGGCUGACCACAACAUCUGGAAGGAGUCCACCCUUCUCCUCGUCAUCCGCUCGUGUAGGCCAGGAGAAAGUAGAAUGAUGCGCAUCUUCGUGAAGACGCUAACUGGAAAGACCAUCACUCUUGAGGUUGAGAGCUUGUAUACCAUCGACAAUGUCAAGGUGAAAAUCUACGAGAAGGAUGGCACUCCCCCUAUACAGCAGCGCAUCAUCUUUGCUGGCAGGCUUCUGGAGGAUGGCCGCACCCUGGCAGACUACAAGAUUCACAACGAGGAUACCCUUGAUUUGGCGGUCCGCCAAUGUGGUUGCUGAGCUGCAUGGCCUGCCAUUCAACAACCAGUUUUAUUUUGCAGGAGCCUUCCUUACAUGGUGCGUUAUCAGUGAACUAUCAUUCUAGUACUCUAUGGUAGUAUACAUGUAUGCUCCGGUAUUGUUCCUUCACAGUAGAUGUGUGGUGUGUUAUCAGUAAAACUAUGUACUCUCAUUUAGUAGUAUGUUAAUGUGUUUGAGUAGUUUCUUGUAUUCAUCUAUCAAGAGGAACUACUUUAAAAGUCCCUAGGUCUGUAUUAUCAUCGGUUGAUUGAGAAUACAGUCUGUAUGCAGUUUGGCCAA